GAAGAGGCCGGGGCUGAAAUGGAAUCUCGGUCGCCAUGGGAACGUGGAACGCUGGCGGGAGUGGUGGUUGGAGGCUGCGCGAGGCAGGUCUGAAAAGUCAUCACCAAGCAGUAGCUCAGGAUUCUUUCCCUUCAUCUAACUAGCUGUGGAAGAGAUAGGACAGGAAAGCGAGAAAGACCAAUAAUUUUGAAAAAGAAAAAUGAGUGAGUCUGAAGAAGAGGCUUCUGCUGCUUCUGGUGAGUCAGAAGAACCAGAACUGAAGUCUGAAUCAGAAUCAGAACCAGAACCAGAGAAUCCUGAUGAUCCGAUUUAUGCUCUGGCUCCAACAAUUAAUAUCCAGGAUGAAAGUUCCAUUGACGUGAAUUCAUGUCCUGCGUUUCAGUGCCUUGAUGAGCUGUUUUAUGCUGGGGGUAUACCAGGAACCAGAGUGGCUGAAUUGAAAGCAAAGUAUAUCUUCCUACAUGAGACCCUAAUAAGUUUGCAGGAAUCAGAAAUUAAACUAUUACAGGAUGCUAAAGGUUUCACUGUUCAAAUAGAACAGCAGGAACAGGAAUUAGAAAAAGCUGAGCAGUUUCCAGAUGGAUCCACCUCAGAGGUGUCUAGACUGAGACAGCAGUACCUGAGAUACUUUAAUGAAUAUAAGGCCAUUCAAGAGAGAGAAUAUGAAAUUCAGUACAAAGUGAACAGUUUACUUGAAGACAAGCAGCUCAUUGAAAAGGAGUACCAAAGAAUCCCCAAAGCUUCUGAGUAUGAGAAGAAAAUUAAGCUUCUGAAAGAAAGCUGUGAAGAUCUUCGUAAAGAAACCACACAUAGGAGGCAAGAAAUUAGAGCACUCAAAGAAGAUCUGAUAGUGAGGCAAAAACAUCUCACAAAGGAUCAGAAAGAACUUGAGGAAAUUCUUCGGAAGCAAGAGGAAACAAAAGAUGAGCUAGUCCGUCAUCAAGCCAUUCCUAUUCAACUUGGAAAGGAUAUGGAGAAAAUACACCGGAGAACGCAAGAGGCAGAGAAAAAGAAAGUGACACUGCAGGAAGAAGUGGAAGAAAUCAAUGAGGUCAUUAAAAAAUUAGAGGCUAAAAAUGAUGAGGUAAUCGAAGAAAAGGAAAACGUGAUGAAAGAGGUGGAUGGGAAAAAGGCUUUGCUGGAGAGCAAAGAGCGGGAAUACUUCGCUCUUACAAAAAUGCAUGAAUUGAACAAAGAGAAUGAAGGGAUUGCCAUAGCGGAAAGGGGUAUUUUAGAAAUGGGUUUCCGCAACUGUGCUACAACAAAGCAAAAACUGCACGAUAUUUUGAGUCGCAUGCAAAGGGAGAAAGAACGAGACAUGAGAAAUUUUAAGAAGAUGGAGAUGCAGUUGAAAAUAGCCCAGGAGAGUUUGUCCCAAGUUCGAGCACAUUAUGAGAGAAUUCAGUUAGAGGUUGAUUCUAUUCCUAAAGAUGAUGUAUCACUAUUAGAAAGGCGAAAGGAGCUCCAAAAAGAAGUGGAAAUUGUUAAAAGAAAUCUGGCCCAGGAGAAAACGUCAACAGAUGCUGAAGGACGACUUCUUGAGCAGUGCAUUGCUGAAGAAGACCAGCUUUUUAAGGCUCAGGAACAUUACAGAGAUGAAGUAGCCAACUUAAUACGUAUGACUCAAUUCAAGGCUGAUGAGAGGGAACAAAAAUCAAAGGAUUCUUUAAAGGCUCAGGUACGGCUCAAUAACAUUAUUACAGAAAUAAAAACAAAAGACUUUGAAAUAAGGGAACAUAAGAAGAAGCAAAGAGAAAUUCAGAGACAGAUGAAAGAAUUUGCUAAAAUGUAUGAUAUUGUAAGACAUGAGAGAAACAAACUGGUAAACCUUGUGCAUUGUGCUCGCCAAAAAACAAAUGAAAUUAAAGAGAGGGUCAAAAUGCUAGAUAAUGAAAUGGAAAUCUUAAGACACAAUGUUGUAAUUAAAGAAAGAAAAUUGCAAAAAUACCAGCUAAAGCUUUCAAAUAAUAUUGCAAUCAAAGAAAGUAUCCAUUGUGAUGUCGGCAAGAUUUAUCAAACCCUCCAGGAGAUGAAAGAAAAGCGAGAGCAGCAGCUGAUGGAUGUUGAAAGACUCACCAACAUGCUUACCCGUAUUGAGGAGGAAAUGCUCCAGUUGCGGAAAGAAUAUGAAAAGGCUGUUCAGCGCCGAAAUGAGAGUGGGGUUCAACUCAUAGAGCGUGAAGAAGAAGUAUGCAUUUUUUAUGAAAAAAUAAAUAUCCAAGAAAUGAUGAGUCGAAAUGGUGAUCUUGAGAUUGGUGUGAUGGAUGAGAAGAUCCGCUUUCUGAAGAUGAAGUUAAUUGAAAAGAAAAGGCAAAUUGAAUUAUCACUGAGAAUCCUGCCCCUGAAAAGAGGCCUAGAUGGUGAUUUAGUGGUCCUUCAGAUUCAGUAUUCACAGUGCAAGGACAAAAUUAAACAACUGGAGAAAUUGUUUACGGACCCUACUGGUCAGAAAAGAGCAAGACCUCUGCCAGGAAAGGAUGGCACUCAACAAGAACUGUUCAAAAAGAUUGAGGAGUUAGAAAUACAACUGGCACAAAAGGAAGAGAAAUUGCUUGAGAAGGACUUCGUUUAUGAGCAAGUUUCUCGGCUAACAGAGAAAGUUAACAUGAAGGCAGAGAACAGCAAGCAAGAUACAUUAAUACUAGCAAAAAAGAUGAAUGAGCUUCAAGAGAAAAUAAAAAAUACAACCCAAAAGAUAAUGGCUCUGGUUGCAGAAUUAUCUAUGAAUCAAGCUCUUGCCAUUAAACUGCAACAAGAAAUGAGAGACAAAGAGCAAUUUUUAAUGUGCAUCACCUCCCGGCUAGAGAAAGGUCUUCCGCCUCCUAAGGAAGUAGAACAUGAGUGGUUAAAGGUGCUGCGUAAUGAAGAAGUGCAUAAAGCAGCAGCUGAAGCCAGAGCAAAACGUGCUGCAGAAGAGGAACAGCAUGCCAUGGCCAUGAGCAUAUUCACCACAGCAGAGCAGCGUCCCAAUGCCUAUAUCCCAGAUGAGGAAAAUGUUCUCCCUCUGCCACGGCCCUAUGGCGCACUAGCUCCAUUCAAGCCAGGAGAGCCCAGUGCAAACAUGAGGCACAUUAGAAAGCCAGUUGUAAAGCCAAUUGAAAUUUAAAAGGUCGACACUUGUUAAGUAAUACCAAGCUACUUUGUUUCUAAUGUCAGUGAUAGAACUGGUCCAUAUUUUAUUGAGACUGAAUUACAAUUUUAUGGUACAGUACUAUAGACCAAGUCACCCGUUUUCACCGAACAACCAUCUCAUCAGCCAUGAAAUGAACAGCAUGGUGAAGUAAAGAUUGGCGAGUGGCUGAAUGCUGCAAAUAAUUACAAGUAAUAAUCUAGAUAGCCAUUGGCAGCAUACUAUUAGCCUAUAUGCAUUUAGGAGCCAAACAUUCCAAGGAAUAUCUUGAAAUGCUGGGCAGUUCACAGUAACCCAGUAAGCAUACUGGUUUUAUCUUUCAUAUGUUAUAUAGUCAUUUAUUAAUAUCAGAUAUCUAGUCACUUGCGGCCACAUUAUAUGAAGCGUCUUCAUUGCAUAAAUAAAGAGAA